AUGCAAGCCACCAAUCACCUGGUCUUGACUUUGUGCCAAUUCUGGCCGCUGGAAUCCAGACUACCAAUCACCAAACUCAGCCUGAUGCUGUGUGAUAUUGGCUGCUGCUUGGCUAUAGACAGCGCUGGACUGACCACGUUUCGACUCCGCUACUGUACAACAGCACAUGAAAGCGGGCGGGGCCGGGGAGAAAGAGGGGGCGGAGCAAACUACGAGAGUCCGGGAAAAGUCAAACGGGAGGCGGUGUCUCCGUGUGUGCGCAAUCCACGCUUGGCCCGUCCUCCUCCAGACGGGCCCUCCUCCACGCAGGACUCCCCGCACGACCCCUGCAAAAUGUUCAUCGGCGGGUUGAGCUGGCAGACGACACAAGAAGGGCUGAAUGAAUACUUUUGUAAAUUCGGCGAGGUGAAGGAUUGUAUGGUGAUGCGGGAUCCGGUUACGAAGCGGUCGAGGGGGUUUGGAUUUGUCACCUAUGUAGACCAGACCGGUGUGGAUAAAGUUUUGGCCCAAAACAGACACGAGCUGGAUUCAAAAACAAUUGACCCUAAGGUGGCCUUCCCACGCAGAGCUCAGCCGAAGCUGGUAACAAGAACAAAGAAGAUCUUUGUUGGAGGAUUGUCUGUCAACACCACCAUCGAAGAUGUGAAACAGUAUUUCGAUCAAUUUGGAAAGGUUGAUGACGCGAUGCUAAUGUUUGACAAAACCACUAACAGGCACAGAGGUUUUGGCUUUGUGACCUUUGAGAAUGAAGACGUGGUGGAAAAGGUCUGCGAGAUCCACUUUCACGAGAUCAACAACAAGAUGGUGGAGUGCAAAAAGGCGCAGCCGAAGGAAGUGAUGUCACCGACAGGUAUGGCACGAGGCCGCUCCAGGGUGAUGCCCUACGGCAUGGACGCCUUCAUGCUGGGUAUCGGCAUGCUGGGUUACCCAGGGUUCCAGGCGGCCACUUACGCCAGUCGUGGCUACACAGGAAUCACACCGGGAUACACAUACCAGUUCCCAGGUAAGUCCAACUUCCCUUGUUUCCAUCUGUAGAGAAUUUUCUCAGAUCCAGUCAUCCACUGCAAUGUCAAAAUGCAUUAUUUUAUCCCUUACAAGAAAGGAACAGUUUUUACUCUUAUCUGAUAACUGCACAUUUGUUGAAGUGGAUUUGAUCAAAACACACUCACAAAGACAGUAGUUUUUAAAAGCUGCGUGUGGAUUUCACCGGUAUAGUUGAUGCUUUUUGCCAUGCGACCCAACAAGACAUUUCAGAGAAAAUACAUAUUUUUCUCUGUUCUCAGCACUACUCAGACUGUAAUUGUUUCUUAGGUGACAUCACGUCAGUAAAAAAAAACAUUUGCAUGGUUCCUCUGUGAUAAAACUCGAACAGGGCACAAGAGACGCUGUCAGACAAACCAGAAAGUAGGAAUUACACUUGAUCAGUAACAUGACCUUCAAAAUGGCAUUGACAAUAGUUGACCUGUCGCUGCCAAUAGGCUAAUUUGAUUAUGCUUUCAGCUACAACCUGUAAAUGCUGAAAAUAUAUUGUGUCCUAUUUGUCCAAAUAAGGCUACUGAAAAUCUAUGCUAUAUACUAACGAUAACUAACGAUAUACUAUAUCAUCAGUGCUUAAAGUGGAA